AGGAGUCACUGCAGCGGAUGAGCUCAGCUGACUUAGUGCCUCCCCGUUAUUAUGUCCGCGAUCGGGCGCCGCCAACACCCAAACACAGUGCGGCAAAACAGGCGAGUGGCGCUCAGCCUCUCGUCUAAUGAAUGAGCGCGCAGGAAGAACUAUGAGUCACGAAUGAGGUCUGCAGGAUGUCUUUCAAGAAAGAAACACCCUUGGCUAAUGCUGUGUUUUGGGCAGCGAGGAAGGGGAACUUGGCUCUGCUUCAGUUGCUGCUCAACAGCGGGCGGGUGGACGCGGACUGCAGAGACAGUUAUGGAACAACAGCGCUGAUGGUGGCAUCAUACAGCGGCCAUUAUGAGUGUGUUAAGGAGCUUAUCAUGCAAGGAGCCGAUAUCAACUACCAAAGAGAGACAGGUUCUACCGCUCUGUUCUUCGCCUCCCAGCAGGGACACCAUGACGUUGUAAAGCUCCUCUUUGAAUUCGGUGCCUCCACUGAAUUCCAGACAAAGGAUGGCGGCACAGCUCUCACUGUUGCCUCUCAGUAUGGUCACUCCAAAGUGGUGGACAUCCUAUUGAAAAAUGGAGCCAAUGUUCAUGACCAGCUGAUCGAUGGUGCCACCCCUCUUUUCCUUGCUGCCCAAGAGGGUCAUGUGACUGUGAUUCGUCAGCUGCUGUCAUCUGGUGCCAAGGUCAACCAAACAAGAGAGGAUGGCACUGCCCCCCUGUGGAUGGCAGCCCAGAUGGGUCACGGUGAGGUGGUGAAGGUGCUUCUCUUACGCGGUGCUGAUCGGGAUGCUGACAGACAAGAUGGAUCAACAGCGCUGUUCAAAGCAGCUUUGAAAGGACACAGUGGCGUCAUCGAGGAACUCCUCAAGUUUUCUCCGUCACUUGGUCUUCUGAAGAAUGGCUCUACUGCCCUUCAUGCUGCUGUUUUGAGUGGAAAUCUUCAGUCUGUUCUGUUGCUACUUGGAGCCAAUGCUGACCCAACACUACCCAAUAAGAAUAAUGAACUCCCUGCAGAUCUGACAAAGAACGACUGUAUCCUAAAAGUUUUACGUCCAAAAAUCCUAAAUGGACACAGCUGAUGACAGCACAGACUCCUGCCUUCAUGCCUGCCUGUGUAAGGAGGGGAACAGAAAACAACAAGUGUCAAAUCCACUCAAUUACAACAUGUACUGUACACAGUGCUUGCUUUUGACUGAAAUUAAGCUGUUGUACGUUGAAGAAACUGGGACAAAGUAUAGAGCAACACAAAAAAAGCAUUUGUCUUCCAUGUGCAUCAUCUCCUAUUGUUCUAUGCAUUUAUUGUGUUGUCAAAUUUCUAUAUAUUUUGCA